UUGGCUGUAAGGAUGUGGAUGCUCCUGAUUUUGUGUGGCCUGUUGGGGGCAUUGGGGUCAAAGGAAGCCCCCACCGGUGACCUCCAUCAGCUUCAGACCCUUCACUGCCCACCCUGCGAGCGGAUCCACUGCUCGUCCAGGAGGGCCCUGAGGCUCCAGUGUAAAGGCGGCGUGACAACAGGUGUGUGUGGCUGCUGCCCCGUGUGCGCCAGGACGGAGGGGGAGACCUGUGGGGGCACUUGGGACUACCUGGGGAAGUGCGACGAGGGGCUGCUGUGUGUUUAUCAGGAGCCAGACACAGACGGACCAGAAGCAGAGAGAAAAAGGACCUGUAAGACCGUGAUCGAACCACUGGAUCCAGAGAGCUGCAAGCCAGCGUGCACCAGGGAUUACUGUCAGUCCAACCCCUCUGCCAUCUGCUCAGCCAGGCUGGUGUCUCUGGAGAAGAAAGCGUGUCAGGGCUCCUGCCAGCACACCUCCUGCUCCAGCUGCCUCCUCCUGAGGCGGCCGUCGUGCCAUCAUACCUGCGCCUCGUCCGAUUCCACCUGCCUGCAGCACUUUGGGAGGUGUGUGCAGAACCACCUGGGAGAGCGUUCACUUCCUGUCUGCAGCAGCGACCUGCAGACUGAGGGGACGUUAGUGUGUUUAGUUCCUGAGUGUUUGCACACAAACUCGAGCAGGUAAUGACUGAUGGAUAAGAAGAAACCAGGAGGAAGGCUUCAUGGAGGAAGGCAGCUAUCUGGUCAAAGAGGGUCCAGUUUAAAACACUUUGUACAGCCUUGUUUUAUAAUGUAAAAAAAUCUAACUUGUUGAAGAAUGAAAACUUUCAAUUUGAUAAAUAAACUUAUUUGAGGUCAUC